GACAGCUAAUUUUUAUAUGUCAACUUUAAAGUUUAAGCAAAUUAGGACACUGAAGUAGGUAGUAGACUAAAAAAAUAUUUUAACGAAACAGAAUUUUAAAUUCUUACAGUAAUAUUAAUACGAUGUGUGUAAUUGUGUCGUUAUUUAGAUAUAAACAAUAGUUCAUAGUCAAUUAAAUUAUUUUACUAAAGUCGAAUCAGAUGUGUUUAUAAAUAUGCUAUCGAGAUUCCAUCAUUAUCAUGGCUCGAAUAUUAUAUUGUUCGAAGAAAAUACAGUUGCCUACAGAAAAGCUAGUUUUGCACACGGCUUGACUUUUAGUGAAAAACCCCUUCUACCUGGUGAAAUAUUUCUAGUAGAAAUUGAAAAAACCGAAAGAGGAUGGAGUGGUCAUAUGCGGCUCGGGUUAACACUUCUUGAGCCACAAGCAGCGGCUCUGGGUGACAAAGGAUUGCCUCAGUAUGCGCUACCAGAUCUCGCUAACAAUGGUAUGUCAUGGAUAUUCCCGAUUUCGAAAUCACAAAACAAUGUACUUGUCGAACUUGUUAACCAAGUAUCUCCAGGGCGAUGGGAAAACGAGCCGCGGGUUUCGGUCCUAGGCGAUGGUCAUGUAGUAAAAACGCCACGUGGUUACAUAUCUAAGAUGAUUUUAAAGCCACAGACUGUCUCACAGAAUGGAACACCCCAAGGUAUUUUACCUAUGGACGCUGGCAGCCGUAUUGGAGUAAUGUUUGUUCCUUGUCCUAAACUUAAUAAAAAUGACCAAGACUUAGCUGAAAUGCACUUUAUAAUUAAUGGUGAAGAUCAAGGCCCUUGUACUAAAUCGAUACCCUACACAAGAGGUCUUUUACAUGCAGUCGUUGAUGUCUAUGGUACAACAAAACAAGUGAAGAUUGUACAACUUUAUGGAGUGAAAUCUCUUCAGAUUAUUUGCAGGGAUGCAAUACUGCAGAAUGUGAAAAAUGGUUCGGUGAAAUCUUUACCCUUACCUAAAAGCCUAAAAGACUUUUUGUUAUCAUAAUACUGCAGUUAUAAACAUACUGCAUGACAAUAAUGGCAUAUGGCAAAACUGCAAUGUCUGCAAUUGUCUGAAGCACCACUACAGGUGGCACAAUUUGCAUACAGAUGAUAAUUCUGUUACAAAUUGAAGUUUCUCAUUGUGUUAGCAGAAGAUUAGUUGCGGAAGGUCUUACCAGGGUUUUUUAAUGUGGAAAUAAGUUCAAAAUAUUCUAUAAAUAAGCAGAAGAAUGCUUACAAAAGAAUGAGUUUUAUGUUUAUUAAAGACAAAAAAAUGCAAAGAAUAUUACUUUUGUUCUACUUAUCAAUGGUUUAACCUUUAAAAACCCUGCUUUAAGAUUGUUUUAGUGAUGAAAAGCCUGAACUAAGAAAUGAACGCUCGAACCAAUAUAAUAUAUGUAAAGUUUAUUUGUAAACCUUCACUGAAACAUGUAAAUAAAAAGAUGUCAGUAUA